AUGUCCCAACGAAAGAAGAUACUUCUAAUCACCAACGCGGAGCUCGGCCAGGCCAAUGUUUACCUGGCCGUGAGCCAGGAGCUCCUCAGUAUCGACCCUAGCCUUGAUCUACACAUUCUCUCCUUCAAGUCUCUCGAGAAAGCUGUCGCCUCGGCGGUCCCAAGCGCAACUUUCCACGAGCUCAAGGGCGCGACAUGGAAGGAGGCACUAUUCACCCGCCCGGAGCAUCGCUUCGAGGAGAUUUGCGGCCUGCACCCAACAAUGUGGAAUGCAAAGGAGGCUGCACUGAUCAUGCCCCGCGUCGCUUGCCCUUGGACAUCAGAAGAGCUGGUUGAUCUGGUUCAGCAGACGGAGAGUGCUGUCAAGGAGAUCAAUGCCGACCUGGUCAUCGCGGAUAACCUUUUCACACCAGCCAUCACCGUGUGCUGGAAGCUGAAGCCGAAUUGGCAUGUGUUGUCCCCCAACACUUACAGAGAGUUCAUCAUGAUUACCCAACCACGUUAUGAGGCUGUCUGGAAGCAUCCACCCCCUCGAUCGACGAUCCCCUACCCCGUGCCCUUCUGGCUUAUCCCUUCAGCCGCCUACCAAAUCAUCCAAUAUGUCAGAAACGCCAUCAACCCCUACGUCAUCGCCCACGCCGAAUACAUCAACUCCAAGAUCAACACAGAAUACUCCGACUGGGGUCGCGUGUCAUUUGACCCGCCCAAGGGUCUCAAGAUUAUUCUUCCCAGCAACUCGGCCGUUGAUUUCCCGUUUUCGGUUGUCCCAGACCACUUGGUGUCUUGCGGCCCCAUCGUUCUUCCCGGAAAGCCCCUGAAAGAAGCCGAUCCCGCAUUGGAGAUCUGGCUGGCCAAGAGACCCACGGUAUACAUCAACCUCGGCACGCACGCAACAUAUGAGGAGGCCGAUGCGAGGGAACUUGCAGGCGCGCUUAAGAUUCUGUUGGAGGCCGCCAAGAAGGAGGGCAAGGAUCUGCAGGUGCUUUGGAAGCUCAAGAAGCGCGGUGAAUACCGCGGCGAGGGCUUUGCGGCUGUCCUUGAGGCAGUCGGUUCCGAGUGGGAGGAACACGUCCGUAUCACGGACUGGCUUGAUGCGGAUCCGAUGUCGAUUUUGGAAUCCGGAUCAGUGAUUUGCUCCGUCAACCACGGUGGAGCAAACUCGUACUUUGAGGCUGUCAGUGCCGGCGUGCCUCAGGUUGUCCUCCCUGUGUGGUUUGACACAUACGACUUCGCCCAACGUGUUGAGUACCUGGGCAUUGGAAAGCUGGGAAGCGCCAAGCACGCUCCCAAGUGCGCCGCGAAGGAGCUCGGUCCGAUCUUGAAGCAGGUUGUGCUGGGUGCUAGCGCUGAGCGCUUCAGGAAGAAGGCGGCGGAUUUGGCCCAGACAUGUAAGGCGGAAGGCGGUGGAAGGGCUAUUGCUGCUAGGGCGAUCUUGAAGGAGCUAAAAUAA